AUGGAGAACGAACUGCUAUUGGAAGGAUGGGGCUUGCCUGUGCUCACACCGCCCCGCCUAGCGACAGAUAUUAGAUCACUGCGUCAACUGCCGGUUAAACGUAGUGUUGCUUCCUCUCUCUCCUCCUAUUCCAAUCGGCUUAGCGUGUCAAUUUUGAGAAUCAUGGAAGCGAAUUCCACUUGGGCCUUUGCUCUUUAUGACUUCAAAGCUAUGGAAGAUGGUGAUUUAGCAUUCAGGGCAGGUGACCUUCUCCAAUUAUCCAAAUCCCAUCAAGAGAACAAAGGGCAGAACUGGCUUGCAGCCACAAAUCCACGAACACGUUGCGUUGGUGAGGUGCCUGCCAACUAUAUCACCUCUGAGCGUGGGUAUUCAGCAGCUCUAGACGCUUUCAGGGAAACAGAUCGCAAUGGUGCUAGUAAAUUGCUUCAAUCUAAUGACUACUCGAGUAACUUUAACUACGUUAUUCGACCCAGCCGUGAAUGCAAUGAAAUGGCCUUAUCAAUUAAGCCUUUAAGGGGAAAUUUGACGCACUACAAAAUCUACUUUAGUGGAACUGAUCCGAAUUGCUUCCUAUUCGUGAACAAAACCUUCAAAACGAUUGAGGAUUUGAAAAUGAGAUUGCGCCUGGAUGCAUUUUGCAGGCUUAUAAACCUUUCAAAGAUUCUCUGCCUACAAAUCCUCAGGUCGCCAGAUAGACUUCAAUACCUCUUUACUAACUCUGCUUUUACCAGCAAUGCAACGCUAAGCGAACACUUGUAG